CAAGCACGGUCAGAUUUUUUUUUUUUUUUUUUUUUUUUUUUAUGAAGGGCGAUGUGCCAGCCUCGCCCAGUAUUCCAUGAUCUGUGUAAUUGUAUGGUUCACGUUGGUCAGCAACUCAUUCUCUUGGAUUCUUUGCUAUUUCAUGAUACAGUAUCGUAAUGAAAAUGUCAUCUGAUCAGAAGACAAUCUUUGUCAUAUUUAUCAUGAUUUUACCCGUUAUUUUAUUCCGAUCACAAUAUAUUUCUUCUUUUGAUGUUACAGACCGGCAUCCUGGUGGAGGUGGUGGAGGUGUACACAGCGUCGCCAGCUCCCUUGCUCUCCAACAUGGUGGUUGAUUGCAGCCCUACCGACAACAUCAGGUUUCUUUAGAAUUGGAAGGAAUUCGAAACAAUGCAACAGGACUGGGUGAACAGCAGAUGAUGGAUGUAAUAGAUGAAGUGGUUACAUCUGGGCUGCGGAAUUCUGUGUAUGAUGUCAACUUCCAAUCUGUGCUGACUUUCCCAAGAUUCCGCCGGGCAAGGCAAGCACCCGACCGCAUCAUCCCAGUUGGCUACGAUUCUAUGCCUUUCACAACAGAUUGCUCUUACAACUAGUGAGGAACAGCUUAUUCAGAGAAACCUAAAUAAGUAUCCCUCACUUGAAAAGGAAAUGACUGAAUGCCAUAAGUCAUGGGAAGAAAACUAUGUACCUGCUGCAGAAAUUCCUGAGGAGGAAGAGGAGGUGCAGGAGACAG